AUGAGGCUUAGCGCCUCGCUCACCGCCGUGGCGGCCACCUUGCUGGCGCUCGCGAGCCACACCCACGCCUACACCUUCCAGGACCACCUCGACUCGAUCGUCGUCCGCCCCGUCCCCGAGCCCCUCGUCCCCGACUUUCCCCUCCCGCACGAGCUCCACGCCCGCGCCGCCGCAAAGAGGUGCAAGAGCUACGCCGACUGCGGGCGCAACCACUACUGCUCGACGUCGAGCCGCACGUGCAAGCCCAAGAAGUCCGAUGGCCAGAAGUGCGCCGGCUGGCGCAGCUGCGUGUCGGGAAGCUGCGACGCGCGCUCCGCCACCUGCCAGUCGUGGAACCUGCACCGCGGCUCCAAGUGCACGUCGUCGGCCAUGUGCCUGACGGGCAACUGCCAGCGCAGCGGCGACCAGUCGUACUGCACGGCCAAGAAGGCGUUUGGCGCGUCGUGCUACAAGAACUCCAAUUGCCGCUCGGGCCUGUGCGACCUCGCCAAGAAGCGCUGCGCCAUCCCGCACAACCCGGACGGCCAGACGCCGCCGGAGCUGCAGCCCUCGAUGCCGUGGAAGGGCGAUGCCAAGUCGCUCGCCAGCAUCGACCCCAUCGGCAGCGCCUACCUCUUCUACACCGACUCGGGCGUGUUUGACGCGUCGACCUCGCAGCUGUUUGCGGCGCUCCACGCCAACUUUAGCAUGCCCGCCGUCGUCCUGACCCACUCGUCGCGCAUCGGCGACGCCAAGUGCAAGUCGGGCGACGGCAAGGGCGGUUCGACGGUGCUCGAGGUGCCGUUCGCCGAUUGGAACGCCUACGCCCGCGCCAAAAAGAGCUGGUCCGACGUCAAGGGCCGCCUGCUCCUCGUCUCGCACACCGACUCGUGCGGCAAGGCCGACUCGCCCGACGAGCGCACCGUUUGGCUCGUCGAGCCCACCGCCGACCGCUUCGCCUGGGACGACAAGGAGAUGGACGUCGACGUCAAGGUCAUCCUCGCCGCCAUCGACGACGUCGCCACCGACAUGAAGGUCGACUUUGGCACCACGCCCGGCAGCGGCUCCGGUGGCUCUACCCCCGGCACUGGCACCCUCCCUGGUUCUGGCACGACCCCUGGCUCCGGCACCACUCCUGGCUCUAGCUCGACGCCUGGCUCCGGCACCACUCCUGGCUCUGGCUCGACGCCUGGCUCCGGCACGACACCUGGCUCUGGCUCGACGCCCGGCUCUGGUACCACCCCUGGCUCCGGCACCACCCCCGGCUCUGGCACCACGCCUGGCUCGGGCUCGACUCCUGGCUCCGGCACGACGCCCUCUGGUCCCGGCGGGCCCACUAAGCCUCCGGCCAACGCCGUCUACUCUUGCGCUGCCCCCGCCUCGAGCACCGUCGACGGCUUCCCCGCCGCCGCCUGCGGUCCCGACUUUGACAUUGAGAUCGACCAGGCGCUUGGCUUCUUUAACCUCGACGACGACCAGUCGUUUAGCGACGAGCUCCGCGACUUUGCCCCCGGUCUCGGCGACUUCAACGAGGCCGACUACGACGCCGAUGGCGACGAGUACCCUGCCGCUGGCAAUCUGGCCACCCGCUCCGUCGGACCGGCGAUGCGCCGCCGCAACCACGGCUCCGGCCUGCAGCGUGGCCACGGAGUGCGCAUGAUCCACCGCCGCUCGCGUGCCGCGGGUCGCCUCGAGCGCCGCUUCAUGAACCCGCUCAAGCUAGUGAAGGCGGCCGCCAAGGGCCUCGUCAAGGGCACCGUCUCGCUGUACAAGGCCGGCGCGGGCGUCGCGCUGCAGGUCGUGUCCAAGACGCCCAUCGGCCUGGUGGUCGACCACGUGCUGGACAAGAACCCGGUCAAGAUUGACAAGACGCUCAGCCUCGAGAUCGCGCCCCCCAAGAAGGGCUACAAGACGAGCAAGAACUGGGGCGAGCAGUACUCGAUCUACAGCACGUCCAAGGCCGUCAACGGCGACAAGGGCUCGGCCUCGCUCGACCUCUACUGCGUCGACUGCGGCGUCAAGGGCAGCGCCCACUUUAUCGGCACCGUCACCUUCAGCCUCGCCGACAAGGGCAUCAAGAGCGGCCAGAUCUCGCUCGACGGCGGCCUGCUGGCCACGCUGCAGCUCGGACUCGAGGCCGAGUUCAGCUACAAGGACACAAAGACCAAGAACCUCAUCACCUACCCGCUCGGCGGCAUCGCGAUCCGCGACAUUGUCCUCAUCGGCCCCGCCCUCAGCCUUGACGCCAAAUUCAACUUUGGCCUCGAGGCCCAGGGCAGCCUGCUCAUGGGCGGCUCGUUUGGCAUGGAGAAGUUUGAGGCCAACGUCGACUUCCUGGACAAGAGCAAGUCGUACCAGCGUGGCUUCACGCCCAAGUUUACGUCCAAGUUCGAGGCCAAGGGCGAGAUCGAGGUCUCGACCGCGCUCGGCUUCCCCGUCUCGGUCGCCUUUGGCGUCAAGGUCAAGCCCAUCGGCUUUGACAAGACGCUCGCCAUCACCAGCGAGGCCUCGGUCGGCGUUAAGGCCAAGUUUGCCUACGACUCGACAAAGGACUCCAACGAGGGCUGCAACGGCGGCAUCGACUGGGCCAUUGUCGCCACCGAGGAGGUCUCCUUCAAGGUGUUCGACCUGCCCGAGUACUCGCUCUUCAAGUGGCCCGCCGCCGACGCGCCCCCGCUCAAGGGCGACUGCGUCAUCAUCAAGAAGCUCGGCGACGGCUCCUCGCCGGCCACGCCGCCCAAGGACGGCGAGGGAUCCGGCUCGGGCUCGGGCACGGGCUCCACCGGCUCCGACAGCGGUUCUGGCACGGGCUCCGGCACGGGCUCCGGCGCCGAGACUGGCAGCGACGGCGAGUCCGGCGGCACCCCUGGCGGCUCCGACGGCGGCUCUACCGACGAUUCGGGCGAGACCGGCUCCACUGGCGGCGAGACCGGCUCCACUGGCGGCUCGACGCAACCCGACACUGGCAGCGGCGGAGACGGAUCUUCGUCUGGCGGCAGCGACAGCGGCAGCGAGGGCGGCGGCUCUUCAUCCGGCAGCGACGGCAGCGACCCGGCCGACGGCUCCAGCGACGCGGGCAGCGGCAGCGGCGGUAGCAGCGAUGGCCACGCUGAUGGCAGCACCGACACCGGCGAUGCUCCGGACUCUGGCGAUGCGCCCGCAGGUCGUCGCCGCCGCUCGAUGGUCCAGGAGCGACGCGCCCGCGUCGUGGUCCGCCGCCGCUUCACCACUCGCGCCGACGAGGCGGCUAAGGUUUUGGGCACCGCUGGCGACGACGACAACGAGUGGAACGCCAAGGACGUCGACUUUGACGGCGACCAGCUCGACGCCGACACGUACAAGGACCUCGAGGCCGACACGGCGCAGUCCAUCACGGCGCUCGAGAACGGCACGCCUCUCGACUCGGGCGACGGCGUCGUCUACGUCCAGAUCAAGGACGCCUCGGGCAAGUACGUGCUCGAGUCGGGCGAGGACGGCUCGGUCAACGUGCAGUCGGCCUCGUCCGACGACGGCGGCCUCAUCUUUGCCUCGUACGACAACAUCAUCACCUACAACGCCGACCAGUACAUCCUCUCGUACUUCCCGGCGCUCAUGGACGCCUACGGCGUGUCGCGCUUCCGCCUCAGCCCGACGGACAAGAUGAUCAAGUCGUCGGACCUCGUCUCGCUCGUGCCCAUCAACGUCGACGACAGCCCCAGCACCGACGGCGUCUUCCUCGCCUUCAACACGCAGAGCGUCGGCUUCUACCCGAUCGUGUGCAACUUCAAGGGCGACGCCCCCGCCAAGGUCUUCCUCGGCAAGGACGUCGACCAGGCCAUCAAGACGCUCACCUCGGGCAAGGUCACCAACACGGUCGCCGGCGGCGACGUCUCCGAGUGCCAGUACCUGCCCCUCGUCUCGUCGGGCUUUGCCGGCAUCUAG